CGGAGACCAGCAGACAUGGCCAGCGCUAGCUCUAGGACUCCAAAGUGCGGAAAUGUGCCCGUUCACGCGAAUCCAAAGUACAAGAAGUCAUCUGGGCAUCGUUGCGUCGUGUUUAGAUGCCAAAAUAACCAGCGGAAAAGGAGCAGGUUGCUUAACGCUGUUUGCGAAGAGCACAAUACACGUAGGGAAUCGUGCCGGUGCGGUGUUUUCAGCCUGCACCGAUUUCCAUCCGCAACGAAGAAUGACAAGCUGCGCCACCGGUGGAUAGCUGCAGUGAAUAGGAAGAACUACCAACCCAGUGAAAAUGCACGAGUUUGCUCCGAGCACUUUCUGGACAAGCCCACAGAGCAGAAUCCCGCGCCGGUGCUUCGCCUUGGCUAUAACAAGAAGGUGGUGAAGGGCAGGCGUCUGCUAAUCAGGCAGUCAAACGACCUCGCCAGUUGGUUGCCAAACGCGGCCAACCCAGUAGUGACCAUGACAAACAAGACCAAACUGAAAGUGCAGAGGACAAUGUUCUGCGUGCUUUAAUAAAAUGUGGCACCAACACAGUGCUGUAAAAUCCUU